AUGGUGCCGCCGCCGCUGUCGCCGCCGCUCUGCACGCUGCCGCCCGGCCCCGGACCCCCGCGCUUCGUGUGUUACUGCGAGGGGGAGGGCAGUGGGACGUGGGAACGCGGCGGCUUCAACCUCUAUGUGACGGACGCCGCGGAGCUUUGGAGCACCUGCUUCACGCCGGACAGCCUGGCGGCCCUCGAGGACAGAGCAUCCCUGACCCUUUCAGGGGGGCCCUCUGCACUGGAAUUUGACCUCUCCAAGGUGCCGGGCCCAGAGACAGCCUCCAGGUUGCAGGCACUGACACUGGGCCUGGCAGAGCGCGUGUGCAGCUUGGAGCGGCAGCUGGCAGCUGCUGCAGAGGAGAUGGCCACCAGCCCCAGGAAUAGCUCCCGGCAGGUGGGCCCUCCGCUCUUCUUACCAGACCCGGAUCCUCAGAGAGGUGGCCCUGGACCUGGGGUCAAGAGGCGGUGUCCGGGAGAGUCUCUCAUCAACCCUGGCUUCAAGAGCAAGAAACCAGCUGGUGGUGUAGACUUCGACGACCCCUGA